CCGGGAGCCGGCAGCGGGCGGCGGCACGGGCGGGACGGCGCCGGGGCCGUUCAGGUGAGGAAGAGGCAGGAGAACAGUGAGACACAGGACAAAGCUCCCACCUUCCCUGCAGCCUCCCCUGGCCUCGGGCAGCUCCCUGUGAGCGGAUGUGCAGCAGGUGCCCCAGGUGCUGAUGUGACACCCACCACUGGUUACCAGGACCAUGGGGAAACUGCAGAGUAAAAUCAGCUUCCACACCACCAAAUACAGGGCCGAGGGCUCCGUGGGACAGACGGGACCCGCUGGUGCCUCCCGGCAGCACAGCCCUGCUCACACUGAUGCUGUCACCUCUGUGGCUGCCCUCAAACCAGACCUGUGUGUGUCAGGAGGAAGGGAUAAGAGUGUGGCUGUGUCCAGCUGGAGAUCUGGGGCUGCCCUGCGCCGCUUCACCGGCCACGAGCGCGAGGUCACCAAGGUCACCUCAGCCCUCGACUCCAGCAGAGUCUUCAGUGCAUCCCGGGACAAGACAGUGAUGAUGUGGGAGCUUCACGGGACUGCGGGGCCAAGCCAGCACUUCCCAGGACAUGACCUGGUUGUUACUGGACUGGCUGUGAGCCCAGAUGCCUCCCAGCUGUGCACGGGCUCCCGGGACAACACCGUGUGCAAGUGGGACACCGAGACCGGGGAGUGUGUGGGCAGAGCUGCAAUCUCCAGGAACCUGGUCACACACCUGUGCUGGGUUCCUGGGGAGCCUUAUGUCAUCCAGACCUCAGAGGACAAAACCACCAGGGUGUGGGACAGCCGGGAGCUGCAGGUGGCCCACACGUUCCCAGCCAAGCAGCACAUCCAGACGUGCUGUGACGUGAGCCAGGAUGGGCGGUACUGCCUCAGCAGCAGCAGCGGCUCCGCCGGCCACGGCGCCGAGGCCACCCUCUGGGACCUGAGGCAGACCAGGGGCCGAGUGUGUGAGUACAAAGGGCAUUUCCAGACCACCACCUCCUGUGUCUUCCUGCCCCGGAGCCCCACGCUCACCCCCAGCAUUGCCACAUCCUCCAGCGACAGCACAGUGAAGGUCUGGGACCAAGGCACUGCAGCCUGUCUGGCCACGUUGUGCCUCGAGGGCUCGGGCCCGCUGGCCUCGCUGGCCGCCUGCGACAGCUCCACCCUGCUCUGCGCCAGCUCCAACUCCGGCAUCCACGUGCUCCGAGUGAGGGGCGGAGCAGAGCUGGCCCUGGAGGAGGUGGCAGCGUUCUGAGCACUGGA